AAUUAUUCAGAAUUUCAUGGAACUUUGGCUCAUUGUAAGCUGGAUACUCAGUAUCACAUUAAGUCUCAAUUCUAAGAUUAUCCUCAUGCAUCUUGAUUUUAAUGGAUCCAUAAGUUUUCUAAUAAGAUCUCCAUGUAUUCUUGGAAGUCCUAUAUUUUGUACAAACCUCAGCAACAUUGUAUCCAAAAAUUAAUACCUCAUGGUUGAAAGAUGAAGAACCGUUAAUUUCAGAAUGAAUUCCUCUAUUAUAGUUUUCUCCGAGUUUUCAGUUAUCUCAAUAGCACAGCCGAUUGAUGCAUAACUACCAAUUUUUCCAUUCAUCAUAUCCGUUCCUAUAACUUACCUGUAUCCCAAAACAUAUUUGCUAAUAAGGAACAGACCAGAGAUUUUUAAUCCACUUUAACCUGCUUUAGGAGAUUGACUCUUGUAGUCUCUUAAGAUAUUAAAUUCUGAAAUUAAAGCUCCUUACCACCAAUAUCAUAUGCAAUAUAGUUUUCAUGGGAAGCAUAUGCGAGGCCUUGAUUCCUUGCAAAUUUAUAGAUAGAGGCUGAUUCUCCUCCAAUACAAGUUUCCCCGACUUUGCAGUUUAUCACUAGUUGAGAUGAGAGACCAACUUGUGGAGCUCUUGUAUUAUUUUCUUUAACAAGGCCAUGAAAUUAAGCCUAUCACCAAAAGCAGAGAUAAUUCCUUGGACUCAACAUAAUCCAUAAUAAAUUGGUAUAUGUUUAUUCCUGAUGAUAGUUAAGCAAUUUGUUCUGUUUACAUUAUCCUAUCUCAACUACUCAGAAAGCUCUUCGUAUUCCAUAUCUUAUCGACUUGGAUCAUUAUCUAGAACAGCUCAAUCAUCAAAUAUAUUCUAUAACCCCUCAUCAAACUCUCACAUUUCCAUACUUCCUAUCUCCAACAACAAAAAUACCUCCAAAAAAUAUGAUCGCCAACUUAAAAUAAUUC